GAACCCAGACCAACGCUGCCACGUCAAAAUGUUUGGGCAUACAAACUAGAGCAUGCACUUUUUUUCCUCUGUUUUGACCAAGAAGACGGUGUAAAUUACCACCACCACAAGGACAGGCAUCAUUACGCAUGCUGGACUAGUCUAUGCUUUUAUGUGCCCUGUAGAUCUAUUACCUGUUUAUCUGCCUUUCUUAUCUAAUCUGGAGUCCAACUUGACUCGUACAGUGGAACAUUUGGGUGUGUCAGCAGGCUGCAAUGGAGGCCAGGAUUUAUUUCGUCCUUAUUUUUCCUGUGUGAAAAUGUUAUCAAAUAGGUGCAGCACUUUGUGAACAAAGGGAACAAACUGAUUGUGAUAUGAGGAGAGCUGCUGCACGACUUUAACUGAGGGGAAGUGCUGGCUGAAAUGCGUCGAUGGGCUUUGGGACUCGUUGGAACACACCGGUUCGUCCUGUAAUCACAAACAACUCACAGAGCAGGCUUGUCUCAGCUGGAGAAAUGCAGUGUGCUUGUCGUAAAGAGAACAUGUUCCUCUGUGUGUGUGGCAACCGUCGGGUUUGUUUUACUUCUGGGAGUCUGUCUGCUCUACCUACCGGACCCCUUCAGUCUUGAACCGCUGGUUUCCGUGUCUGAUGACAACAGUGAGGUGACGCUCCUGAUAUGGAUGCACCCGUUCGGCCAGUACCGGAAACUUCCGCACUGUGGGGGGCUCUACGGUAUCGAGGGAUGUACGCUUACCGACAGUCACCUCGACUACCCCCAGGCGGACGCCGUGAUCAUCCACCACCGGGAGAUUGCCACCGGCGCCGCCGAACUGCCCCAACCGCGGCCACGUGCGCAAAAAUGGGUAUGGAUGAACUACGAGUCACCCGCGCACACACCGGGUCUGUGGCGUUUCGAGGGCGUUUUCAACCUUACAAUGACCUACCGGACAGACUCUGACAUUUUCCUGCCGUACGGAUAUCUGAUUCCACGUGGACGCAGAGCCAAGGGUCUCCAGAACCGCUACGCGCGCCCUCUCCACGUACUCUCGCGCUCUCUCCUCCGGCCCCGCCUUGUGGCCUGGGUCAUCAGUAACUGGUCGGAGUCCCAAGCGCGGGUGGCCUUCUACUACCAGCUCCGCCGGUACCUUCAGGUGGACGUGUUUGGGCGCGCGGGUCGCCCGUUACCGGCGGGCAGUGGCAACGUUGUGCGGCUGGUCAGCCGGUACCAGUUCUACCUUGCGCUGGAGAACUCUCCGCACACAGACUACAUCACUGAAAAGCUGUGGAACGCGGUGCUGGCAGGUGCUGUGCCGGUGGUCCUGGGUCCGUCCAGGCAAAAUUAUGAGCGCUUCUUGCCCCCCCCAGGCCUUUAUCCACGUAGACGAUUUUCCAACUGUUCGAGCUUUGGCCGGUACCUGCUGAUGCUGAAGCGCAACCCGAUUCAGCUGAAGCGGCACCUGGACUGGAGGGGGAGCUACAGUGUACACCAGCCUUCCUUCUGGGCUGAGCACUACUGUACAGUCUGCAGGGCGGUGAAGAAGACCAGGGGCAAAGCAACGCGGAGCUGACACAGAAGAAACAAUUUACAACUUCUUCACAUCUUUGACCCAGAAGUAACUGGAAUCCAUAAGGGGGAGGAGUGAGUGUGAUUUUCUUCA